AUGCCGCUGAGGGAAGCUUCGAGGAAGGUGGCGGAGCUCGGGCGAGCAGUGAAGGGUCUAUGGAAGGGGAGGAAAGAUGACGUCAGCGGCGCUGGAACGGGAACAGCAGCAGAUGGUGCUGGUGCGGGCAAGCAGGGCAGCAGCCUAGCCUCUCUUGCGCAGUUCCCUGACGCGGAGGAGAGACAGCUAGCAGCAGCUCUGGCCAGCGGCAAACGAGCUACCCUUAUCCAGUUUUACGCCCGCCGCUGCCGCCUCUGCCGGUCGCUCAGCCAGCUCACCGCUGAGCUGGCGCGACGCAACGCUGACUGGCUCAACGUGGUGCCUGCUGACGUGGAGAACAGCCGAUGGCUGCCCGAGGUGGGGCACUACAGCAUCAAGUAUGUGCCGUGCUACGUCCUUUUGGACGCGCGGGGGAGAGCGCUGGCCAAGACAGGCGAGCCGUACAGCCGCAAGCACGUGGUGAAGGGUCUGGCUUACCUGGUGGAGUCCAUCCGGCCCUACCGGCGCCGCCCUGCUGUUGUUGGAGAGGGGGCGGGCUUCAGAGGCACAACAGGGAGUAGGGAAGGAGGGGCAACAGGAGGACAAGCAGCAGCAGCAGGGGCAGCAGCAGGAGCAGGGGCAGGAGCAGGGGCAGGAGCAGCAGAAGUAGGGGUAGUUACGGCAGUGGCAAGAACAACAGCAGGCAGCACAGGAGCGCUGGCCAAGACAGGCGAGCCGUACAGCCGCAAGCACGUGGUGAAGGAGCUCUCGUCAACGAGGCUUGUGGCGCCUCACUGGUCUCCUAGGCUUCUCACAACUCUUACUCGGCCGUUGUCGCCAAGGGAUAGUCCGAGUGGUGUCAAGCUGAGGUGA